AUGGACGUUGCGGAGGCUGAGGAGGCAGCCCGGGGAAUCGAAGACGCAAAAAAGCAGGUGGGGCCACCGGACACGUCGGCGCCUUCCGGCGCUGACGCCCCGAAAGAAGCUCCGGCGGACCAACAGGCAGCAGGCGACUCGUCUGGGUCGAAGGCCAAGCAGCAGGAAACGCAAGCUCUGUCAGUGGCUUCAGGUGGCGACACUCGCAAGGGCGUCACACCACCGCUUCCAAGAGCAGCGGGCGACUCGACUGGGUCAUCUGAGGCGACAGCGAAAACAACGACGAGCUUUAAAGGUGCCAACGAGUUGUCACCCGAGAAGAGCGGCGUCCCCACACCGACCAGUGCCACCGCGGCCUCGAAGCGGCCCCACCCCCAGGCGAGCAACGACGGUGCCGAAGCAACAGCGCCUGGAGUCGACGAACCCGCCGCAAAGACUGCUCAGGGACGGCAGCCGUCUCUUCGGCCGCGCCCGAACGUUACGGCCGAUAAGCGUGCCGGCAACGUGGAGCCCGUAGGGCAAGUCCCGACAGUUCCGCCGGACGGCACCGCCGGCAAUGGCGCCGUCUAG